AUGAGCCGGUUCGUGCGACCGUCCAAGUACCGCCACGUCUUUGGCACCCCCGCCAAAAAGGAGGCCAGUUAUGAAAACGCAAAGGUCUCCAACUCGGCCUGGGACACGAACCUCAUCGCCGCCAAUGGAAAGUACAUUUCGCUAAACUGGCAGGCAUCGGGCGGAGGCGCCUUUGCCAUCAUCCCCCUCAGCCGCCCCGGCAAGCUGCCCGACAUCUACCCGCUCUGCCGCGGACACACCGCACCCGUCCUCGACACCGCCUUCAGCCCCUUUGACGACAGCUUCGUCGCCAGCGCCAGCGACGACGGCACCGUCGGCCUCUGGAGGAUCGACGACGCCAACUUUGACCAGCUCGACUGGUCCGAAAAGGAGCGCGAGCGCAACGGCGGCGUACGCGACUUCCAGCCCUGGGCACGCAUCUCGGCCGGCGGCCGCAAGGUGGGCCAGGUCGCCUUCCACCCGACGGCCUCCAACGUGCUCGCCGCCGCCACCGCCGACCACGUCAUCAAGCUCUUUGACGUCACCCACGCCGACUCGGCGCCCACCUCGCCCUCAAUCUCGCUCCGCGGCUUCACCGACACCAUCCAGUCUUUUGACUGGGACUGGACGGGCACCACCGUCAUCGCCACCUGCCGCGACCGCAAGAUCCGCACCUUUGACCCGCGCCAGGGCGAGCAGCCCGUCCAGGUGGCCGACAGCCACGGCGGCGUCAAGGGCGCCCGCGUCAUCUGGUGCGGCGACAGCGACCGCGCCAUCUCGACGGGCUUCAGCAAGAUGUCGGACCGACAGCUCUUCCUCUGGGACACCAAGAACCUCGCCGCCGGCCCCAUCCGCAACAUCACCCUCGACACGUCGAGCGGCAUCAUCAUGCCCUUUUGGUCCGACAACAACAUUGUCUUCCUCGCCGGCAAGGGCGACGGCAACAUCCGCUACUACGAGCUCGAAAACGACGAGCUCCACUACCUCACCGAGACAAAGUCGUCGGACCCGCAGCGCGGCCUCACGUUUGUCGGGCGCCGCUUCCUCAACACCGACGAAAACGAGAUUGCGCGCGCCUACAAGGUCAUGGGCACCACGGUGCAGCCCAUGAGCUUCCAGCCUGACGGCCAAGGAAUUUUCGAGGGCAAGCGCGCACCGCGCAACCUCGUCGACCUUGAGAAUGGACGCGGCCUGACGGGCGGGCAAAUCCCCGCUGCGUCGGCCACGGCGUCGGCGCCCAAGGCGGCCCCCGCUGCUGCUACCCCCGCCGCUGCCGCACCAGCAGCAGCAGCAGCACCAGCACCAGCCACGCCCGCCCCUGCAUCCGCACCCACACCCGCAGCGGCGCCCGCUCCGGCAGCAGCAAAAGCAGCGCCAACACCAGCACCCGCCGCCGCCGCUGCCGCCGCAUCGUCGUCGUCCGGCAACAGCGGGACGAGCACGGCGAUUUCGCAAAAGUCGACGUUUGUCCAGCCCUCGCACGACGGAACGGGCCGGAGCGAGGCAAAAAGCACGUUUGCCGCCCUGCGCGACAAUGACGCUCCGACCACCACCACCGCCAACGGAUCCUCGGCGGCGAGCAGCGCGGGCAAGGCCAAGGAGAUGGAGGAGGAGAUUCAAAAGCUCAAGGAGCAGCUGCGGGAACGCAACACGCGCAUCCGGGAGCUCGAGGUCGAGAAUGAACAGCUCAAGACGAACCAGGCCAAGGCGCGGGAAGCCCUACUCCGCUCGUUCUAG